AUGGCGGCAACGGACACAAAGGCGGAGGCGCCGGCCGCGACGGCCAUGCUGAGCGGAUUCUCCGUGAACGUGAGCCACCAGGAGCUCGACAGGAUCGUCGACGAGAUCGAGCAGCUGUACUUCAAUCAGUCGGAGCAAUGGCUGGCCCUCGAGCCCGUCCGGAACUUCGUCAUGGCCACGCUCGGCUACGAGGACGCCGCGGAGCUCGAGGACGCCCUCAAGGGCCCGUUCGUGGAGUUUCUGCAGAAGCUUCCCUGCGUCGUGAUGCGCACGAACGACGAGGGCGCCCUCGAGUACCGCGUGAAGCUCGAGGGAGAGGACGCGAAGCCGGCCUCCACGCUGCGCCUCCGCGUCACGCAGCCCUCGGACCUCUGGCGCGUGUGCAUGCGCUCCCCCUCCUCCUCCGUCCGCAUCCCCGAACUCGAAUUCGAAGUGGGCUCCGAGAACAAGCGCGUCAUCGACUCCAUCUACAACCACGUGUCGCGGAUGAUCUUCAACCUCAGCCGCUACGCCAGCCUCCCCGGGCAGCUCACGGACGAGGACCGCGAGAAGAUCCAGUCCACCGUAUCUGAUCUCGAGGGCCUGCUCGACCUCAAGCACGCUUGGACGUGGGAGGUCGUCGACCCAACGGGGAUGUCCGAGGUGCAGCCCAUGGACGACGUCGAGGUCGUCCCGCUGGAGAUGAAGUGA